GACCCAGAGUACACCUAUAUUGUUAUGGACUAUUGCGAGGACGGCGACCUGUUCUCGCAAAUCCUUCACCAUCGUCGUCAUCUGGGCAAUAACGAGCUCAUUAAGGAAGUAUUCCUGCAGCUGCUUGACGCAGUCGAGUACUGCCAUUCCCUGCAUAUUUAUCACCGCGACUUGAAGCCGGAGAACGUGCUCUGUUUUGAUGGUGGCAUGCGCCUCGCCAUCACAGACUUCGGACUUGCCACGACGGAGACGGUUAGUACCGAGUUCCGCACCGGUAGUGUUUACCACAUGAGCCCAGAAUGUCAGGGCGGCGUCUUCGCACCUACGAGGACGUACUCUCCUCUCUUCAACGACAUCUGGUCGCUCGGUAUCAUUCUGCUCAACCUCAUCACCGGUCGGAAUCCGUGGAAGUCGGCCGCAGCCGACGACUGCACGUUCCAGGCUUACCUCCGCGACCCCCUUCACUUCCUCCCCACCGUGCUCCCGAUUUCAGAGGAGGUCAACAUGCUCCUGGUGCGAACGCUCGAGGUCGACUGGCGCAGGCGUAUCACGCUGCGCGAGAUGCGCAGUGCGAUCAAGGGCGUCGAGAACUUC